AUGGGCGAUGAUCUCCGUCCUAUCAAGCGCUCGCGCUUUGAUCAGACCGAUACCCGUCGCCGUGAACAGAACUCGCGUUCCCGGUCGCCAUCUUCCCGUCAGACUGACAAUCUCCGCACCCGUAGCCCGCUGAGUCGCACCCAAAGCCCUGCUAUGGAAUCGAAUUCGAAGCCUGACCCGGCGGCUGCUGCUGACUGUGUUUCUUCCCAAUUAGCUGCCGCUGCGGCUCUCAUCAACGCGUCAUUGCGGAAGGGCACACAGCAUGCCGAUACCAACAAUCGCUCGAAUGAGAGUGCUGAUGAUAAGUCGCAAGUUCCGGGGAAGAUCUACGUCGCCGAUGGCGACUUUAUUAAAGACAUUGAGAUCAAUGAUCUUCGAAACCGCUACACCUUGACCAAGGGAUCCACCCAACAAAUGAUUAAGGAUGAAACUGGUUCCGAUGUUACGACACGCGGCAGCUAUUACCCGGAUAAGAACAUGGCCACAGCAGCCAGCCCCCCUCUGUACCUUCACGUGACCAGCACCUCGAAGGAUGGCCUUGAGAAGGCCGUCAAGAUUAUCGAUGACCUGAUGCAGAAGGAGCUUCCUAACUUGGUGGAUGAGCGUCGAUUCCGUAGACGCGAACCCACCGAACAAGCCGACCGGGAUGAGUUUGGCCGCCGUAAAUGGCCCGAAGAGCGCAUCCCAAUCGACCUUGAGCCAAUCGCUGGCUUUAAUUUGCGCGCGCAGGUGGUUGGCCAGGGCGGUGCUUUCGUUAAGCACAUCCAGACGCAGACUCGCUGCCGUGUCCAGAUUAAGGGUCAUGGAUCCGGCUUCAUUGAAUCCAGCACCGGUCGCGAGAGCGAUGAGGCAAUGUUCUUGCAUGUUGCAGGACCCGAUCCGGCGGAUGUCGAGGCCGCCAAAGCGCUUUGCUUAGACCUCUUGGAUAACGUGAAGGAGCAGUACCAGGCUUUUAAGGAUAACCCCCCGCAGCGCGGCUAUGGCGGAUAUCGUGCUGGUGGUGAUCGCCAGGACAGUGGCGGCGACCGUCACUAUGGAGGAUACGGUUACAACAACCGUAACCAACGCCACACUAACGGCAGCGCUGACGCUAAUGGCGACUCUGCCGCCAACACUGAUUACAGCGCAACCAACGGACAGUACUAUGGAGCUACCGGAGCUGCCGGAGCUGCCGACCCUUACGCUGCUUGGGGCGGGUACCAUAACUAUGUCGCCUAUUACCAGUACUAUUACGCACAGGGACAGGGACAGAGCGCUAUCGUCCAAGAUCAGGAAAAUGGUGCUGUUCCUCCCCAAGGCAGUGAGGUCCCUCCAGCUCCCCCGGCGUCUGGCUUGAGCCCCCCUCCCCCACCCCCUCAGUAG